AUGCGGCCGUUCGCGUGUCGGACGGUGCUGGCAGCAGCAGCCUCGCUGGCCGCCAAUGCGACGCUGAUCCCGGUGCGAAACUGCUAUGAUAGCGGCCGCGUGGAGCGUAGCGGCGCCGCUGCCGCCGCGGUCUCCUCCUCCGUGCCGUACAGGCGUUCCUCAGCGCCGCCGCGCCACGCACACCCCGUUGGCGGCCACCGCCACGGCCCCGUCAAGGAUCGCUUUCCGCCCGUGCCGACCGACCUCGCCGACCCGCGACGCCGCCUCGCCGUUCUCGUGGACGGCUCGAACCCCAACCUCAUCCCCGGCGGCUGCACCACGGUGGAUCAGGUGUACCGCACGAGCGCCCUCUUCACCACCGUUCUGCCAGCUGUCCUGCAGGUUGGCGUUCCAGUGCUGCUCCGCGUCUUUGCGCACCAGCUGCCCGCCGUUUGGGAACCGCUCCUGGCUGGGAGCAGCAGCAGCAGCAGCAGCGCCACCCAAGGCGGCAGCGCCUCUGCCGGCCAUCACACGCCGACCGACAGUGCCGGACAGCCCAUUUCACUCGUCCCGCUUCUCCCCCUCCAACCGCCGCCGCCGUCGUCGUCGUCGUCGUCGUCCACCGCGGACGCCGCCAUCGUGCCGCAGGUGCAGUUCGAGUACUUCCGGGUGGAGCGCUUUAUCCCGGUGGCGAUGCAGAUGGAGGCGGACGCGCGCCACCUCUACGAGUUCCGCCACACGAACAAGGUGGAGGGGGUCUGCUACGUGUGCCACGAAGUCGACCGCCCCAUGUACAUCUCACUCAUGGAAGAGCAGCGGACGGGGUCCGUCGAGCUGGAGGGGCUGCUGAGCGAGGUUCGCGGCAAGGGCCGGAGGGCGGAAGCCACAGAGGAGAGGCCCGCUAAGGCGGCCUUCUUCAACCAGUACGUGCUGGAUGAGCUCGGCAUGGCUGGGGAGCUGCUGGCCGACUCACGGUCGAAGAACGGCGCGUGA